AUGAGUGACUUCCAGAAAUCGUUUGCCAAGUCUCGUCUGGCCAAACUCCCGCCCGAAGCUCCCAUUAUCUUCGACGACGACAACGUCGAGGCAGAGGCAUCGAGUUCGUAUCCCACAGACGAGCAGAGCCACCACGAUGACGAUUCUUCGUCAGCGUCGUCUGUAUCGUCUACAGGCACAAUAAUUCCCUCACUAACAAAACAUCUAUUCGCUAAAGCUGGCCUGGGGUCGAGCACAUCACCCUCACAAUGGACAGAUUACUUCACCCAAGAACUAUACCUCUCCGAGGAUGUCCAUGAUACCCGCGUCACACACCAUGUUUACCUCACCCCUCCGGCCGAGAAGUCUGCACCCCUCUUUGUCAUGCACCAUGGAGCAGGUUCCUCGGGUCUCUCGUUCGCGGUGUGCGCCGAGGAGAUUCGAAAGAUUCUCCCGAAAGCCGGUAUACUCUCCCUGGAUGCGCGCAAUCAUGGUAGCACCACUCUAAACAAGGUCAAUGGUGGUGCAGGAGAUCAAGCUGAGCUUGAUCUCGGCCUGGAAACCUUGAGCCGCGAUCUUGUCUUUGUAAUAAAAGACACACAAUCGAAGAUGGGAUGGGAGACUCUUCCGGAUAUAGUUCUGGUGGGACACAGCCUUGGAGGCGCAGUCAUUACCGACGUCGCUAAGAAGGGAGAGCUUGGCUCCAAACUGCUGGCAUAUGCGGUCCUCGAUGUCGUCGAAGGGUCCGCUAUGGAUGCUCUCCAGAAUAUGGAAAGAUACCUUUCAACGCGGCCCUCAAGGUUUCCCUCUAUCGCCUCGGGCAUUGAAUGGCACACCCGUUCUCGCACUAUCCGAAAUAGAACCUCAGCCAGAAUCUCCGUACCAUCUCUACUCCACAAGGAAGCUGAGCCCACUGACCCAUCGAAGCCAUGGGUGUGGCAGACAAACCUCGGUGCCACCAAGCCCUUCUGGGAGAAUUGGUUUGUUGGCCUGAGUAGGAAAUUUCUUGAUGCUCGUGGUGGGAAACUGUUGCUUCUGGCGGGGACGGACCGGCUCGAUAAGGAGCUAAUGAUCGGCCAAAUGCAAGGCAAGUAUCAGCUUCAGGUCCUUCCGGAUGCUGGCCACUUCAUCCAUGAAGACCAACCGGCCAAGACAGCACAGAUUCUGGUUGACUUCUACAAACGCAAUGAUCGAAGCACACUGGUACUGCCGCCCAAAGUCGCGGAUAUACAGGCUUCAUCAGCCAUGAAAAAAGGUCUGAACGGGGGGUUACCGAAGGGGGGUGCUGGUCAAAGUCAAGUAUCAAGUCAAGGAGGCCUAGGCAGUCUCAAGGAAUAG